AUGCAUGCUCUCCUUUUCCUAUUUUCUGAGUCCCUGCUCGUCCUCAUCACGCUAGUCGCUUGCUCCAAGAAGAAGCCUAAUGAUCCAGCGUCAAAAACAGGCGAGGCCACGGCUUCGCAGCCUGUAGAUGCAGAAGCCGCACCUGUCGCACCACCCCCACCCCCACAACCCCAACAGCAGCCAAAGAACAUCGACAUAAAUGAGGACGAGGUGCCGCUGCUCAAGGCCAACCCUAACGGACUCAUUCCAAUACCACCUGGAGCCGCCCCUCAAAGUGUCAGCGAACUCGACAUCGAGAUGCCACCGGAACUGGAGCUGAAGAGCUGCAAACUGCCGACCGUGGACGGGGGCACCGUCCCGACGCCCAACCGUGGCAAGAAAGCAAGUGAGAAGAAGAAGUGCACGAUCAAGCGAAUCGGAAAGAAAACAGCGCCUGCUCCCAAGGCGCCUGAUGUGAAGAAGGAGGACGAGCCGAAAAAGGACGCUUCAAAGAAGGGGGAUUCCGAAAAGAAAAAGGAAUCGGAGAAGAAGAAGGAAUCGGAGAAGCGGAAGAACAACUCGGGCAAAUCAGCGAAAUCUGGAGCAUCGAAAAAGUCUGGCCCGCAAAUUGCCGAGGUGUCCGGAAAGAACAUUUCGAAGGUGGAACGGCCGGACUGGUGCGCCCUGGACGACGCUCCGACGAAGAAGACGAAAAACGAGCCGGAAGAAACCCCAGCGACAGCCCUUAAAAUCGAGACUACCCAAGGCAGCGAUGACGUCAAGGCC